AUGGCAGAGUGUGAAAAUGGUAUUCAGACAUUAUCAUCGCUCUCGAUUGAAAACAGUAUUGUGUUUUUGCAGGAGUUAGUUUGUCGUUUUGUGAAUAUUGAAUUUAGUGAAUCUUGUGCUGCAUUCUUACGAGAGUUAAUGAGGUCGAUUCCUCCAAACUUCCACGCCGAGUUCCUCGAUAAAUUAGCUCCGAUUUUUGACAACGUUACGGAGGCUCCCUUAGAUAAAAAUAUACUUGACGUUAUAGAUGAGUUGGCAUUAAUGUUGUUAUCGCCGUCUAUAACGCAGAUUGAUGUUGAUAAGUUCAAGUUUCCCACGAGAAAUCCUUCCAAAUAUUUAAUGGCUCUGGAACAUGCCAAGAGCCUCAGAAUGCUAAUCAGCUAUCGAGAAAAUGUGUGGAAAUAUUCUCUAAGUAAAUUUGAACUUCUCUGCUCAGCGGUGACUAAAAUGUCAAUGCUGAGGCACCUAACGUUACGCCAUAUUAAAAUUGCCAGCUACAAAAUUAAUGAGCUGUUAUUGGGUUUGGCUUUAAAUAGUCCUCAUCUCUCAUAUUUGGACUUAAAGUUUGGUGCAUUAACAGACUCAGGACUUGAUCCAGGGUCGUUGGAGAAGUUUGGAAAAAUUGCACAUUUCUCCGAUUGUAUUCCUGCUUUGUUGAUGAUGAAAAACCUGCAACAUCUCAACGUAAGCGAGACGUGGUUAACGUAUGUGGGUGUAAAGGCAAUAGUGAAGCAUUUAGACCUCAAGAGACUAGACGCCGUAGUAGAUGGUGGAUACGAUCUCCAGGCCGUAGUGAUAAAGGAUUUGCUAGCGGCACCCCAAGACACCCCAUUCUCACUAUCCAGAACAGCAUAUACUCUUGCUCACGAGGAAUUGGGUAUACAAGCUAUCUGUAAAGCGUGUCCACUACUAGAACACGUCACCAUACAACACUGUAGCGUUGGACUAGUCAAGUCUCAUUUCCUCGCUCUUUCAACCCUCCAACAUUUAAAGAAGGUCACAUUGUGUGGUCUGGAAUGGUUACUCCUUCACUCCCACAUUGCAAUCAACGAGGACCCCAUGCCCAUCAGCCACCUGGUGACGGAGAUAACGAUGACAGAACCCUCGUGUGCCGACGCGACGCACCUCGGUUCCUUGUCUAUAUGUUUCCCACAAGUGACUCACCUGUGGGUGCUCGGAUCACAGGACAAUAAGAGCGGCGAACCCUGGGAUGGAGGCCGAGUCUUCACCAAAUUGACUCAUCUUUACUACCAGGGUUCGCUCUUUAUUGGAGAUUUUGGCAGAAUUGAGAGAGAACAAGGGCUGCAGAAUGUGCUUGAUGUCUUACUUGCAUGGUGCAAAAACCUGAGGAGUCUCACCCUCUACACUAACUACAUCGAGAGCUCUAUGUUAAGCUUUGCCAUAAGAAGAAAUGGGCUACAUAGACUGGAGGAACUAAGACUUGGUUUGCAGCAUGAUCUGAAUUGCGACAUAAUAAUGGACGUGCUGCGAACUACUAACGAUCUCAGAAUUCUGGGUCGGACUGACUGGUGGACGUCCAUGGAAGAAGAUUCAAAAGUCUUCACCAUCACGCUCUUGAAAUUGAGAUUUAGGAACCUUGUGGUGUUUGGACUAGAUUAUUGUGGUGAAGUGGACAAUGACCCACGACCUCCAAAGAAUAAUUCCAAUAAUGUUGUGUGGUAACUGAUCGAAUACUGUCGCUGGCUGACAAGUGUAUAAUGGUAACAUGCGAGUGGGUGACCAUCUCCACAGCUCACCUGUCACAGACUGUCGCCUCAUUGUGUCAAGGUAACGGGCGAACUCAGUGUCAACAUUUAUGAGGGGAAGAAGCAUUUAGAUAUAGCAUUAAAGGUAACCAAAAAUGAACAAUAGCAAAGUUGGAAGGAAAAUUUAGCAUUUGAUUAUGUAGUGGCAGACCAACCAGUGGUGCUAUAGUGUCCACUUGGCCAGAGAAAAGAUCCAUUAUCAGCUGAAGUGUAACUCUCUGUUUCCUUCAUAGUAGGACUUUACAUCUAUAGAAGCACAUCUGUAAUCGCACAUUCAUAGUUACCACAUCUAUAGAAGCACCUCUGUAUUACUACUCUAUAUUACACAUGCAAAAGACUGUCAUUGUCCUUACCAAAGACUCAGAUCUACUUCUACUUUUUUGUGCAACUUUCUAAUGAGUAGAUAUGAAUAUUGAGUUUAAAUAAAUAAAAUUGUGUUAAAAAUGGUCUAUUUGUAUAUUUAUUUGUUUGAUGGUAAGAAUUUCUACUUUUAUCAUGCAGUUAUGUGAUUUACAUCAUGUUAAAACAGUAUUUUAAUCAACUCUCUUCAACUCUUCCAUUUGUAUGAGAGACCACACUCAAGGUGAAACAAAUUCACUUGGAAGGCAGGGUGAAGCUUGUAGUCAUUCUUUACAGUCUUCAGUCAUUGCCUUUAUGUGUAUCCAACAGAAAACAAGGGUGACCAAGACUUGUUAGAAAAAAGGGACCUUUCCUGUCUGUCAGUCAGUCAGGAAAACCAUUCAUAUGCCCUGUGGUUGACUAAUGCAGCUGAGGAUAAGUAAAACAGCAUAACUGUAUUUCUGGUUAAUGUUGAAUGUGGAGUGAUUCUCUUCUGUGCUCAAAGGUGCUUAAACAAGGAAGCUUUAGUUAAGAGUGCACAGUGAAGAGUUCUAUGCAUUACGUGUUCACCAUAAUAAAAGCAUUUUCAGGCAGCCUUUAAUGUAAAUAUUUGUAUUAUCCAUAUCCAACACAAAUCAAAAAAAUAUAUAGGCUUUAUGAGAUAUUCCAAUUUGAUAAUUAAAUUCGACUACAGAAGCAGAAAUAGGUGAUUUAUAUGAGUACAAUAUUGCAUUUUAAGCUUUACAGCGAGCUAAAUUGUUGGUUCUUUUGGGGUUGAUGUACAGUAGUAUUUGAUUUUAGGUGAUGCAAAAUUAACUGCAGUACAGUACUGUGGAAUGUGUCAUUAAAAGAAUUGAGUGACAGUUUAAGUGGAUGUUAUUGUGUUUUUAGGGAAAUACCAAGUAAAGUGAGAACAAUUGUUGUGAUUAUGUUGAAUACUCAGAGCUAUCAUGAUUACCUAUAUGUUUUGUCCCCCCCACCAUACGAGUAGAUUUGGUGGGGCAUGUAGGUUAACCCCUUUUUGUUAGUGUGUCUGUACAAAUUAUCAAUAAUUUUCAUUUUUAAUUUAAGAAAAGAUCUGAGAAUUUAAAAGUGAUUUGGUUUAAAGUUUCACUUGAUAAUUUUUACUAUUUUUUACGAGUACAGUACUGUACUGUAUACAACCAUUGUUUCUGUGGCGGGAGCAAACAUCCCCAUUAUUUUCUUAUUUUAUCUUGUGUUCUUUUGUUCUGUACUAAACUUGGUAAAAACUUAUACUGUAUGUGUACAAGUUUAAUUUAUUUGUGUGUUUUUCUGAUGAUUCCUCAGCCAAAAGUUCCAAAUAUCCACCUUCACAUUUGGACACUACAUAUAGAUGCCUCAUGCUUUACUCAGUACAGCUCGUGAGUUGUACUAAAAUAAUACAAUUGUGGUUGAGUCGUCUCUGAUACUCAUGUUUAUGGUCUUCAACUCUGCUCCUUUACAGUUUUUGUGGAGAAAUGUUACCUUGUACAAGAAACAGUGAGUGUAAAAGCUGAUGUAUGUACAACUAUGAAUUUGUUUUGAUUAAUUUUUGUGAUAAUACAAUUCAGUCACUGAAAGUAAAUGUAACUUUUUUAUUAUAAAUAUGGAUAUCUGAACAAA